UUCAGCAGCGGGAGGGGUUGGGGGUGGGUGUGAGCAGCGUAAUGGCUGCGCUGCUGCCGGUGGUGCUAUUGGCGCUGCCCGCGGCGCUGCGGGCCGACACGCCGGCUAACUGCUCCUUCGCAGACCUGCUGGGAGCCUGGGAGCUCCGCGUCUGGCGGGCCGGAGGCCGCCACGGCAACUGCUCCCAGGCGGGGCCUGUGGAAAGAAAGGUGGUUGUGAAUCUUCAGAAGUUAGAUGUGGCUCAGGAUAGUCUGGGCAACCAUGGUUUCUUCACUUUGAUUUACAAUCAAGGCUUUGAAAUUGUGAUAAAUGACUACAAGUGGUUUGCAUUUUUUAAGUACAAAAAGGAAGGCCAGAACGUGACCAGCUACUGUAAUGAGACUCUACCAGGAUGGGUACAUGAUGUACUUGGCCACAAUUGGGCUUGUUUCGUUGGACAGAAGAUUUCUUCAUCUCUUUCAGAUGUUCACAUAAAUGAGCUACCUUCCAGAAAGCCCAGGGAAAGACUUUCAGGCAGGGACGUUAUGUGCACAACUUUUGACUUUGUAAGUGCUAUCAAUGCUCGGCAGAAGUCUUGGAGAGCAACAAGAUACAAGGAAUAUGAGAACUUUGUGGAAGAACUAGCUAGAAGAGCUGGGGGUCUCUAUUCCAGAGCUUCAAGACCAAAGCCUGCACCUCUAACUCCUGAGUUACUCAAAAAAGUUUCAAGCUUGCCAGAAUCCUGGGACUGGAGAAAUGUGGAUGGUGUCAAUUAUGUCAGCCCUGUUCGGAAUCAAGGUGCAUGUGGCAGCUGUUAUGCGUUUUCCUCCAUGGGCAUGCUGGAAGCAAGAAUACGUAUCCUCACAAACAACACGCAGAAACCAGUCUUUAGUCCUCAGCAGGUAGUGUCUUGCAGCCAGUAUUCUCAGGGUUGCGAUGGUGGUUUCCCGUACCUCAUUGCUGGAAAGUAUGUCCAAGACUUCGGUGUGGUGGAAGAGGACUGCUUCCCUUACACAGCCCAAGAUUCUCCAUGCCUUUUCAAGCGCAGCUGUUAUCAUUACUACACUUCUGAGUACCACUAUGUUGGUGGCUUCUAUGGAGGCUGCAAUGAAGCCCUGAUGAAACUCGAGCUUGUUAUGCAUGGGCCAAUGGCUGUUGCUUUUGAGGUUUAUAGUGAUUUCAUGCUCUAUAAAGAGGGGAUCUAUCAUCACACUGGGCUGAUGGAUGACUUCAAUCCUUUUGAAUUGACUAAUCAUGCUGUCUUGCUGGUGGGCUAUGGUACAGACCCCAAAAGUGGUGAGAAGUUCUGGAUUGUGAAGAACAGCUGGGGCACCUCAUGGGGAGAAGAUGGCUACUUCAGAAUCCGCCGUGGCACUGAUGAAUGUGCAAUUGAAAGCAUUGCAGUGGCUGCAACUCCUAUUCCCAAAUUAUAAAUGCAGAGGUCUUCAUCCAUCCAGUGCCUUGUUCCCACCCAUAAGAACAUACUGGUUGUUAGAAAUAGCAGUUAAAAUCUGUUUCCUAGCUUGAACAGGGGAGCUUUAAUGUGGUGUUCCAGAAUAGAGCAAACAGAUGAAAGGAUGAACAGUUAGCUCUGUUCUGUGCGCUGAAGGCUUCUCUCAAGUCUGAGAGUAGGUAAUUUGGAAUGCAAUGGCUCAUUUGGUAACAGUGGUGAUACUUAUUCAUUGCUGGAUAUACAUCUUCACCACUUGCGUUUUAUUUCCAUGGGCAAUCUUGAACCUCAGGUCUUGGAGGGAAGCAUCUGCUAGGACUAAAACUACUCUGAAAAGACACUGUAGUGCCUUGCUUCUCAGAAAUUGAGAAGUCACUGCAAUUUAGAACAUAAAGGUGUAGUUGGAAGGGAACGGGCACAUUGUUUAAAGGGAAAUUGUGUGGCUUUGUGUCCUGUAAAAACUGCAUGUCAAACUCCUAUGACAAAAAUCAGUUAUAAGUGUCAGGCUAUUACUAAAUGUUCCAGUUCUGGAUUUUACUGCUGUUCUUUGCAAUUAAUCAUCUCAAAGUUCAAUAAAAAUUACCUCACUCCUAUAGGAGUUUGUACUUGUGAAAGUAGUUAGGUCUUUAUUUCAGUGACCUGUCUUUAAGUUUUGAACUUUCUGUCAAGAUCUUUUUACUUUAGCAGGUUCUAAAUUGUCAAGGAGGGAAGAUAAGAUGGGAGAGAAAUUAGGAAUCAUCCAGCGGAGGCUAAGAUUCUCACAUAAGCAUCAAGCAAAGUUGCCCAGGAGUCUAGCAGCCCUUGCUGUGGAUAUGGGACAAUUAAUUGAGUAAAUUGGCUGAUUCCUCAGUAAUCCUGCUUAUCUCCUCUCUGUUAAUCUUGUUGCUCUAUUCUUUUCAAAUAUACAGGGUCAAAGACUAGAGUUGGAGGUUUACAGGUUUAGUCAUUCCUAGAUGACACUCAGCUGCAGCAGCGUACUUGGUUGAUGCAGCGCUGGUCUUUGUGCUUCACAUGAGUAAACAAUAGUGGCUUAGAGAUGAAUCGCAUUUUCAGGGGUAGAAGAUGACUUUUUGGUAAUCGGUUAAAAUAAUAUGUGACCAAAGUAGUUACUGUUUUUAUAUACAAGAUACAAUCAACUUUUUUAGGGUGCAAGGAAAAUAAUGAAAUAUAGAAAAAAAAACAAUGAUUGUCUUUUUGUGAUCAAAAUAUCCCAUUUAACCUGGAAGGGAAAUCUCCAUUUUCCUUCAGUAGUAGAAUUUCACAAGAACUGUUUGACUCUAGUUUGCUGAAAUAGAGUGGCAGGGGAAUAAGUUUCAUAGUUUUGGCUGCUCUUUUUUUGGAAUCCCCUGCCAAAAGCUGUCAAACUAUGUUUGGAAAAUUAGACCUUAUGUUUUGGUAGAAUUUGAACAAGAACCUCCAGAAUAGCUUAGGUUUUGCAUAGAUCAUUUUAGCUGAGAGAAUUGGGAGGAAGGAGGGGGGGAAGGCAGGGCAGUUUUACCUUGUUUGUUCCCACUUAGAGAAUUUGGUGUUUCUGCAAAACUGAGUCACAUGGAGACCUAAUCCCUUGGUGCCAGCAGCAGUUCUCCCAGACACCUAUUUGCCUGAAAUACACAAUGAAGUGUACAACCCUUUUUUUUUCUCUGAAGCUUCUCCCUCUCUUUGAAUGCUAAUGUUUUCCUUGGGGAAAGUUUUACUGGUGGGGGAAGGCAAUGCUG